UGGUGGGAGACUGAGAGGCCUCAGAGACGACGACCGCGAGGCGUCUCCUCAAGCAACCUCGAAACCAAAAUCGGGUGAAUCGGGGCCGAUCUGUGGCCCCUGUUUUUUUUUCUUCCGCCGGAGGAGAAGAGUCCGCGAGGGAGAGGAAGGGUUUCUAGAGUCACGAUUAGGGUUAGGGCUCCGGCGGCCUGGAGGCGAUGGCCCGGGGUCGGUCCUCUUCUUCGAGCCGGUGGCGGUACCUGCACCCCUCGUACUACCUGAAGCGUCCCAAGCGGCUAGCCCUCGUCUUCAUCUCCUUCGUCGUCAUCACCUUCGUCAUCUGGGAUCGGCAAAGCCUAAUCCGGGAGCAUGAGGAUGAGAUUUCAAAACUGAAACAAGAAAUGAGCCGAUUUCAAGAGCAGUUGAGGGAAGUAGAGGGGAACGUGGGAAAUUUAGGUGAAGGCAUCAUUAGUACAAAUGAUAAAGUAAUCAGCAAGGAUGUUGUUGACAUGGAUCCUGUCAACCAGCAACGUAGAGAAAAGGUGAAAGAGGCUAUGCUUCAUGCAUGGAGUUCUUAUGAAAAGUAUGCAUGGGGCCAAGAUGAACUCCAGCCACAAUCAAAGAAUGGUGUCAAUAGUUUUGGUGGUCUUGGAGCAACUCUUGUAGACUCUCUUGAUACAUUGUACAUAAUGGGCCUAGAAGAUGAAUUCCAAAGAGCUAGAGAAUGGGUUGCAAACUCUUUAGAUUUCAACAAGGACUAUGUAGCCAGUGUUUUUGAGACAACCAUAAGAGUUGUUGGUGGACUACUCAGUGCAUAUGAUCUCUCUGGGGAUGAAAUAUUUCUUGAGAAGGCCAAAGAUAUUGCUGAUAGGUUGCUACCUGCGUGGAAUACAGCCUCAGGGAUCCCUUAUAAUAGAAUCAACUUAGCUCAUGGCAACCCACAUAAUCCUGGAUGGACUGGGGGAGACAGUGUCUUGGCAGAUUCUGGCACUGAGCAGCUUGAAUUUAUAGCUCUAUCCCAGAGGACAGGAGACCCUAAAUACCAGCAGAAGGUGGAGAAUGUAAUCACACAAUUUCAGAAGACAUUUCCUAGUGAUGGUUUGCUUCCAAUCUUCAUAAAUCCUCAUUCAGGCACAGCAUCACACUCAACAAUUACAUUUGGUGCUAUGGGUGAUAGCUUCUAUGAGUACUUACUCAAAGCCUGGGUACAAGGAAACAAAACUGAAGCUGUGAAGCAUUACAGACAAAUGUGGGAAACAUCCAUGGAAGGCUUGUUAAGCUUGAUUCGGAAGACCUCUCCAUCUUCUUUCACGUAUAUUUGUGAGAAAAAUGGUGAUUCUCUGUCUGACAAGAUGGAUGAACUGGCAUGCUUUGUUCCAGGCAUGUUAGCCUUAGGAUCUUCUGGUUAUGGCCCAGAAAAAGCUGAGAAAAUUUUAUCACUUGCCAAAGAGCUUGCUUGGACAUGUUAUAAUUUCUACCAAUCAACUCCAACAAAUUUAGCAGGAGAAAACUAUUUCUUUCGUAAUGGAGCGGACAUGAGUGUUGGCACGUCAUGGAACAUACUGAGACCAGAGACUGUUGAGUCACUUGUGUAUCUCUGGCGUUUCACUGGGAACAAAACAUACCAAGAUUGGGGCUGGAACAUAUUCCAGGCAUUUGAAAAGAACUCUCGCAUAGAUUCCGGUUAUGUCGGACUGAGGGAUGUUAAUACAGGUUCCAAGGACAAUAUGAUGCAGAGUUUCUUCCUUGCGGAGACACUCAAGUAUCUCUAUCUCCUUUUCUCUCCUCCGUCAUUAAUCUCCUUUGAUGAAUGGGUUUUCAACACAGAAGCCCAUCCUCUGAGGAUCAUCCCGCGAAAUGAUAAAGAAGAGAGCCUCAGAGCAGAUGGAAAAGCAAAUUCAAGACCUGUCCAUAAGCGGUUUGGCCGAAAGCAUGGAAGAACUGGAUAUAAUUGAGCAUUUUCAUUUAGAAUUUUGAGAGGCACCCUUCAUCUUAGCUUGUUUUGUCCCCUCCAUUGAUGGUUUUCAAGCUGACAAAGACCACAACCUCCGGAAGACAAAAUACCUGGUGAAUGAGGGGUCACGUGACAUGGUAACCAUAUAGUUAUAUUGUUGUAAGAGGAAGGCAACAUGCAUGAUAAUUAGGUAUCAUUUGAAGGACGUAAUUGAAUUUUCUGAUGGAAGUUUUUAGGUCAAGCAUUGGAUUAUGUUAUAUGCUUGUCAUUUAUAUAUUCCAUGCUGUCAUCGAGACAUAAAAAAUCAAACAAAAUACUAGAAUAAUUAAGCAUGAAAUUUCGAUUUUAAUGUAUUUUGUUUCAGGUUAUUAGA